ACCCGAAGACGUGGUUUCAAGGCCUCCUCGUCUCAACCAUCUCAAACCUCCCAGUGAGACCAGGACAGGCCCUCCCGUGCGUCCAACACUCGCAACGCCGACGAUUCCUCGCGAGAGAGUGCAGUUUUUCGCGUGAAUAAAAAAACGUCACGUCCAAACGAUUGCCAUGUGUCGCUACGGGUGUGACUUGACGCGGAUACCCAACUCCCAAUAACAAUUUUUAUUCCUACCACCAAAACCUGGAAUAAUGAACAAGUAUGAGCCGGCGAGUGAAGUGAUAGGAUAGGAACAUCGUUUUGAGUUUGAGUUGACGAGUGGUGCAAGGGGGAGUCGGAGAUUCUUGACACCAGUGGAGGAUUAAAAGGGACAAGGAACCCUGGGGGACACACAUAGGCGUGUCGUGUACGUGCUGUCUGUGUUGCGAUAUUACCGACGUACAAUCUUCCAAUUUCUUUAUUUUUUUAAUCUGCCAUCGAGGAAGUGGCCCUACCUCGGGUGUGGCGUGUUCAGUUUCAGUGAGAGUUAUCGUGUCAUCUUCCUCUGUUCGCGUUUUAUUUUUUUUUUGUUUUUCGGGAGUUUUAUUCGGUUUACGGUGUUUCUGUGCGGGUGGUGGCUUCCAAACGGAGCGAUAACUGGGGGGUGGGGGCACGUUUAACGGUUGAGAGAGGGAGAUAUUGGGAGUACGUGGGAUAGACAGAGGGAGCACUAGUGGCGUAUCAAGAUGGCGCAUAAUUUGGCACCGAGUGUUAACUGCUCUCUGGAUGACAUCGACUUGAACGCACUCAAGGAUCCAGCGGGCAUCUUCGAGCUCAUCGAAGUCGUCGGAAAUGGCACAUACGGUCAAGUUUACAAGGGCCGACACACCAAGACCGGCCAGCUGGCAGCCAUUAAAGUUAUGGACGUCACGGAGGACGAAGAGGAGGAGAUUAAGCUAGAAAUAAAUGUUCUUAAAAGGUACUCAAACCACAGGAAUAUUGCAACAUAUUAUGGGGCAUUUGUCAAGAAAUCACCGCCAGGUAAAGAUGACCAACUGUGGUUGGUCAUGGAGUAUUGUGGUGCUGGCUCUGUCACGGAUCUCGUUAAAUCAACGAAGGGACAGAGCCUGAAGGAGGAGUGGAUCGCUUAUAUCUCGAGAGAGAUACUGAGAGGACUCAGUUACCUUCACAGUAAUAAAGUUAUUCACAGGGAUAUCAAGGGUCAAAAUGUACUCUUGACUGACAAUGCUGAAGUUAAACUUGUUGAUUUCGGCGUCUCUGCACAAUUGGACCGCACAAUUGGACGUAGAAAUACGUUUAUUGGCACCCCAUACUGGAUGGCACCUGAAGUCAUAGCUUGCGAUGAAAAUCCAGAUGCCACGUAUGACAACAGAAGUGAUCUUUGGUCACUUGGUAUUACUGCACUCGAAAUGGCAGAGUCACAGCCUCCCCUCUGUGAUCUACAUCCCAUGAGAGCACUUUUCCUAAUUCCACGUAAUACACCGCCAAGGCUGAAGUCGAAGAAGUGGGCGAAAAAAUUUCAGGGAUUCAUUGAGACGGUCCUGGUGAAGGACUAUCAUCAGCGGCCUUAUACGGAACAAUUACUGAAGCAUCCAUUCAUCCGGGACCAACCAACCGAGCGUCAAGUUAGGAUACAGCUCAAAGACCAUAUCGAUCGGUGCAAGAAACGUAAACAGGAGAAAGGUAAGGAGCGAGACGACUACAGAUACAGUGGAAGUGAGAAUGAAGAUGACGAACCAGCCCUGGCUGGUGAGCCCUCGUCAAUCGUUCAAGCACCUGGUGGGGACACACUGCGUCGCAAUUUCCAGCAGAUACAAGAGGGAAGGACAUUGACACAGGAUAUUCCUCAGGUUCCACACUCGGGUAAAGAAAAACAGGGUGGUAGGGGCCACCGUGAAAUACCAGAGCCAGGUCCACCAUCGAGACCUGCUAUUCCUCACAGGCUCAUUGAACCACAGCCACCGUCACGUCCACUGCCCCCAACGCCUCGAGAUGAUCCACGACAACCGCACAAAGUCUCAACUCCACCCUCAAAUCACCACUCAGCAGCGAACUCCAGUGGUGUUGGAAGUGGUGGCUCAGGUGGACAAGCGCCACAAAGAAAUAGUCAUGUAUUCAAACCUAUGCUGCCACCGAGGAGGCCAGAGGACUUGGACAUGCUGGCUGCUCAACUCAACGAGCUUGGUGUGUCACAGGGCCCUGAAGCCCCGCCAAGGCCCAACAGGCAACACAAGAGCCCGGCCCCGGUACAAACAUCAAAUGUCACCACUAGCCACUCGGCCCAACCAGCCAGUAAUGAACAGAACAACAAACAGAUGCCACAAUCCUCCAGUAUUCUCGAUCAAGCACUGUCAGUGGAGAGCGACAGUGAUGAUGAUUUUGAGGAUGCAACUGGAAACAAUGCGAGAAAUGAUGGAACAUUACUUGCCAGUGAUCCACCAAAGCCACUACCUGAAUUUUCUCCUUUCAGACCGUCUUCAGAUUCGUCUUCUUCGUCAUCUCACAAUGCACAAAAUCACCAUGAAGGCGGUGCACCAAAUCGACCAUUACCUCCAACUCCAGACGAAGAGGAAUCAGGCGAUCGAACACUAGUCAUGAAACGAGAGGUGACCAGUGGAAAGGACGAGAGUUCAAAAUCAACUGAGAAAACGCUGAAGAGAUACGAUCUGUCGUCGAGAAGAAAAACUGAGCAAAUUGGCCAACAAAGUGGCCAGAGAGUGGCUCAGAAAUCAUCAGGUGGUCAACCAUCAGUUCAAUUGAAAUCGAUACAUCGUAGACAAGAGUCAGACUCGAAAUUGGGCAAUUCGAGUGCAUUUGCACGUGCAUUCAGGCGUGAAAAUUCGGAUUUUUUUCCCUCAACGAGGCACUCAGCUUACUUACAAAAAUCUGAGCCAAGAUCAUCGAUAUUUGCCAGUGGUAACAGGCGUGGUAGUGAGAUAUCAGUUGCCGGUGUAAGUGGUAAAAAGGGCAGUGGACUGUCAACUGGUGAGCCUGUACUCACUGAUUUUUCAUUUGGUCGCGAUGCACCACAGAGACCGAGGAGGGAAAAAACAGAGAGUGAAAUUGUAUUUGGUAAUAGACAGCAGGAAUAUUUGAGGGAACGCGAUGCUAGAUUACUCAGGAAUGAUGAUAACAGGAGGAGAAGUUUUAAACCAUUGGAUACAACCUCGGAUGAUGGAACUAUUAAGUCAACAGCUAGUACAACAGCUAGUGAAUACAGUCCAGUUAUAACUCAGAAUCGCGAUGGUGAACGUGGAAGAAGUGGAGGAAGUGAUUUCCAGAGGUCAGACUCGUCCCCUGGCUCACGACCUAGCUCAGUGCUACCAGACCUUUUGACCUCAUCGCCGGGUCAACGACAGGACAAGUCAACCAGUGAGGAGUAUCGACAAGCUGUUAAAACCCCUGCACCUCUUGCACUUCAACAGAAACAGAGAUCCUUCCUAACGUUUGGAUUUGGCGCUGGACCAGCUAGAAGAGAAUCACACGUUAAUGUCAAUGUAACACCUACGAGUCAUGAUUUAGCAUCGGAUACACCGGAAAUAAGGAAAUAUAAGAAGAGAUUUAAUAGUGAAAUACUUUGCGCUGCUUUAUGGGGCGUGAAUCUCCUAAUUGGCACGGAGAAUGGUUUAAUGCUGCUGGACAGAAGUGGCCAGGGUAAAGUCUAUCAAUUAAUCAGCAGGAGGAGAUUCCAGCAGAUGGAGGUACUGGAGGGGCAAAACAUUCUCGUUACAAUCAGUGGUAAAAAGAAUCGUGUCAGAGUGUACUACUUGUCGUGGCUGAAGAGCAAAAUUCUUCGCACUGAUGGCCACAGUGACCAGCAAGUGGAGAGGCGCAAUGGCUGGAUAAACGUCGGUGAUCUUCAGGGAGCGGUGCAUUUCAAAAUAGUUAAAUACGAGAGAAUAAAGUUUCUGGUUAUUGCCCUGAAGGACUCCAUAGAGAUAUACGCAUGGGCACCAAAACCCUAUCACAAAUUCAUGGCCUUCAAGUCGUUUGGUGAACUGGCUCACAGGCCGUUACUGGUUGACUUGACUGUUGAAGAGGGAUCACGACUGAAAGUCAUUUAUGGAAGUGCCGAUGGAUUUCACGCUGUCGACUUGGAUUCUGCCACUGUUUACGACAUUUAUCUUCCCAAACACACUCAGGGACCCAUUUGCCCUCACUGUAUCGUUGCUCUGCCAAACAGCAACGGUAUGCAAUUACUUCUUUGUUACGACAAUGAAGGAGUUUAUGUCAAUACGUAUGGUAGAGUGUCUAAGACAAUGGUACUCCAGUGGGGUGAAAUGCCCACUAGUGUUGCGUACAUUGGUACUGGACAAAUCAUGGGCUGGGGUAAUAAGGCCAUUGAAAUAAGGAGUGUCGAGAGUGGCCAUCUUGAUGGUGUCUUUAUGCAUAAGAAGGCUCAACGGCUCAAGUUCCUUUGUGAACGUAAUGAUAAGGUAUUUUUCUCAUCAGCAAAGGGUGGUUCAUCCUGUCAAAUCUACUUCAUGACCCUGAACAAACCUGGCAUGGCUAACUGGUGAUCCCGAAUGCGGCCAAAUAUGGCCCCACCGUUAAACGUACAAUUACCAACUCACCAUUUACCCCGUGUAUCUGGUUACCUACCACAAUGUCCACGUAUUCAUCCCUUACUGCCACAAACACGUUAUUUGGAUUAUCAACAGUGUAUGCAUCGUGUCAAUAAUUAUUAUCCGAGUGAUAAUAAUUUCACUGGAUCAGACCAUAAUCAGAGAGAUCGUCGUUAUCAUCAGGACAGAAGUCGUCAUCGAGUUUUACAAUCCAACAGCAGGGAAUUUAAUGCUAUCGAGGGGAGGAGUUACAAUUAUUAUUCGACACGCAAGGACGAGAACUACGAGGACUUUAGGAAUGACAGGUGUGGACGUGUAUCAGGUCGGAGAAUCAGUUCUGUUCCACUGACUGGUAUCAAUAUUUUGGUUAAACGAUUUCUGUGUUUUCUCGUUUGUCCCACGUUGAGAUCAUCCAUGCGGUAUGGGCAGGAUUGUUAAUUUUUUUUUUUGUACUUGGUGUCGAAUUUUCGUACUUCGUAAAUUAAAUUCAUUUUUACCAUUUUUUUGGAGAAGUUUAUUAUUGAAUUUGGUUUAUUUGGGGAGAUUUCAGGUGUUUCUUGAAUAAAAUCUAUGACAAUUGCUUCAAUUCUCUUAUUCUUUUUCUAUUUUCUAUGGAUAAUAAUGACAUUUAAUGGAAAGGAUAUUAACUUGACGUCAAAUUUUUAUCUUUCACGAAAUUAAUCCGUUUUCAUAAUUUCUCAUCGAAGUUAAUCAGCGUUGAUUAAUGUUGUCAAUGUUUUUUUUGGGAGAUGCCAGCUUUUCCUUGAAUAAAAUCCACUCCAAUAGCUUGUAAAUUUGGCAUCUUUGUUACGCAUGAUUUAUGAUUCUUUAACUCUCUGAUCUUUUCUAUUUUUAGUCCUUUGUAAUUAAUUCCGCAGACGAAAUUGAUAAACUCGUGCCUGGAAUUUGUCUCCUCCAAUCCAAUUUCAUUGAAAUUAAUACUCAUCUGUGUUCACGUGACCGAUCGACCGAGAGAGUAUUUUCUCGUUUGCCCCACAACGUGAGAAUAGUCUUAAAUUCUCCAAUUCUCUAAUCCUUUUUUCGUUUUUCUAUGAAGGAUAAAAGUGACAUUUAAUGCAAAGGAUAUAAACUUGACGUCAACUUAAUCCAUUUUCAUAAUUUCUCAUCGAAGUUAAUCAGCGUUGAUUAAUGUUGUCAAUGUUUUUUUUGGGAGAUGCCAGCUUUUCCUUGAAUAAAAUCCACUCCAAUAGCUUGUAAAUUUGGCAUCUUUGUUACGCAUGAUUUAUGAUUCUUUAACUCUCUGAUCUUUUCUAUUUUUAGUCCUUUGUAAUUAAUUCCGCAGACGAAAUUGAUAAACUCGUGCCUGGAAUUUGUCUCCUCCAAUCCAAUUUCAUUCAAAUUAAUACUCAUCUGUGUUCACGUGACCGAUCGACCGAGAGAGUAUUUUCUCGUUUGCCUCACAAACGGGAGAAUGGUCCUUAUCCUUUUUCUAUUUUUUAUGGAUAAUAAUGACAUUUAAUGCAAAGUAUAUUAACUUGACGUCAAAUUUUUGUCUUUCACGAAAUUAAUCCAUUUUCAUAAUUUCUCAUCGAAGUUAAUCAGCGUUGAUUAAUGUUGUCAAUGUUUUUUUUGGGAGAUGCCAGCUUUUCCUUGAAUAAAAUCCACUCCAAUAGCUUGUAAAUUUGGCAUCUUUGUUACGAAUGAUUUUUGAUUCAUGAACUCUCUGAUCUUUUCUAUUUUUAGUCCUUUGUAAUUAAUUCCGCAGACGAAAUUGAUAAACUCGUGCCUGGAACUUGUCUCCUCCAAUCCAAUUUUAUUCAAAUUAAUACUCUUCUGUGUCCGCGUGACCGAUCGACCGAGAGAUCGAGGUUGACACACAUAAAUGCGCAAUGCAGUUCCCCCGACAGCCCCUCGAGAUCGUUUUAAAUUUAUAAUCUCUGCUGACUGAAUCUCGCCCCUUUCAACUCUCACGUAUCCCUCAUUCCAAUUAAACUUUUUCAUGAAGCUGGGGGAGUUGGUUCAACAAGAGAGAAAAAAUAAAAUAAAUAGGUGUAAAAACUCUACUUGGUUACAGGUGUUUCAUUCAAAACUCAAUUGUCGGUUAAUUAAAGUGGGUUAACAGUUUUUUUACAUAUGCGUGUCUAUGGAAUUCAUUCGUAUGAAUCUUUUAUAAAUAAAAUAUUCCGAUAUUUGAUCAGUAUCGGGAUGAAUGGAGCAGCGAUUUUCAUGGGGUGAUUGUUUUUUCAACUUGAUAGGCGUGAAAUUCGACACCAUGUAUUUUUUAUUUCUGUCGGCGAAUCGAUGUACUCACUCGUUUGAUGAUAAAAGUUUAGCAUGAAAUAUUGUUUUUUUGUCUACAAUAUCAGUGAAAUGGUUUGACGAGAAAAAAAAGAUUUUUUUUAAAGACGAUUUUAAACCUUUUUUUGAUGAAAAAAAAUUUUUCGUGAAAAAGUGAAGACAAUUAUUCUAUUUUUCUUUCUCCCCCUGAAUUUAAUGAUUUCAUGAACAACUGGAAAUCAUAAAGUGAUGAUAAUUACAUCACGAAAAGCCACGUUUAUAUCAAUUUUAACUGAUGGAAUAAACUUUAUGACGUAUAUUUGAUGGAAAUGAAAAAAAAAUGAGGCGACGAUUCGACGAUUGAUGUGUGAUUUGAAGGGAGAUUCGAAUUUUUUACAGACGAAGGAACAAUAUAACAAAUUAAAAGUAGACAUUUUACCGUAGGUUAUCGAGUUGCACGUAAUGCGGCAAUUUUUUAAAAUCAUUGUUUCACAUUCGACCGUCCCUCUUACGAUGAAAAAAAAAGAAAGUUGAAAAUGCGUGGAAUGGGCUUUUAUUGUCUGAUGAUAAAAUCCGUACAUUAACGCCAUCCAAUGAGCCAUGAAAAUAACAACUCGUGAGUGGGAAGGAAAAUCCAAUUAUCGACAAUGUAAUACACACAUUUAUCGUGCAAUAAUACUUCCGAGGUUGAUAUUCAGGCGAUUUUGUUUCACUGAUCGGGCAUAAGGGGGGAGUUGAUAAUUCCCUCGUAAUCAUCAAUUUUUGUACAGAAAAAAUAUGAGAAUUGAGCGAAUGAAAGGGUUUCACAAUCUUCAGGAUCCAGUGGAACAUCAAAAUUUGAUGAUGAGAGUUGUUUUUUUUUCGUAGAAGCACUAACUAUGCGUUUUCGGAAAGCACAUUUCUCUUCAUUCAUAAUUUUUUAUUUAUAUUCUGGAAAUAAAUUCCAAGAAGUCGGUUCUAUUUUCAUUCAGACGCAUGGAAAAUAAUGUCUACGGAAUAUUUUUCAACAUUUCUCACAUUUUUUCCUCUCACCUGAGGAAAAUAAUAUUUUUAAUGAAUGGGAAUUAGAACGACUCAUCUUCGAUAGUGUAACUUUGUACAUACUGAAGUAUCUUACGGUGCAAGUAGAGCCAAGUUGGCCGUCCACCGUUAAUCGAUCGAAGUAUCUCCCUCGUAUUCUCGAUACCUGAUACUGUACGUUUUAGGUAGUUUUGAGGGUAGUUCUCAUGGGUAUUCUCUCCACUUCCAGUAUAACCGAGGACAGUUCCUCGUGCAUUAUAAUUUGCGAUUGGAUACUCGUUUCAGCAAUUAAUUACAUUAACGCAGGCCCACGUCUACAAUAUAAACUUGAAAAAAAAA